AUGCGUGAUCUCUAUCAGAGCUCCCCUCAUCCUACGCUUUUUGGAGGUGAUUUUAAUGAGAUUCUUAGUGCUGAUGAGAAGGUAGGAGGUGCUUUGCGUGAUCAACGAGACAUGGAUGCUUUCAGAGAAGUCCUUUAUGUCUGUAGUUUGCGGGACCUAGGCUACGAUGGUUCGUGGGUGACUUGGGAACGUGGUAACAAGCAGCAAGGCGUGGUUAGGGAGAGGGUGGAUAGAUAUGUGGCAUGCUCUCGGUGGUGUUCAUGGUUUGACCAAGCCCGAGUCUUUAACUUAACAAAGUUUCGAUCGGAUCAUGUGGGGAUUAUGUUGGACACGGAGGCUGGUGUGCGCAAGAAAAGGGAGAAACAAAAGAGGAGAUUCCAUUUUGAGACUUGUUGGUUGUUGGCCGAAGGUAUUGAAGACGUGAUAAAGACCACGUGGAGUAAUUCCAGCCAUCUUAAUAUGCCUAACAAAUUGCUGAAUAUAGCUAACGAUCUUACCAGAUGGAGCAAAGACGCUUUUGAGAAUCUUGGUGGGAAGAUAGAAGAAGCGGAAGAGGCUUUGAAGGAAGCUCAGAAAAAGGCAAGUUUCCAGGCCAGCUUUGACGCAUGCCAUAAAUUAGAAGGCUUGCUUGAUGAUCUUCAUGACAAAAACGAGGCGUAUUGGUUUCUGAGAUCUAAGGUAUCUGAAAUUAAGGAUGGGGAUCGUAACGCAAAAUACUUCCACCACAAGGCUGCUCAGAGACGAAGCAAGAAUUUCAUUUAG